UUCGAUUCUCGAUUGUGUUUUUGAACUCGGAUGUUGUCAAUCAAGAUUUUGUAAACACGUGUUUUAUUUAUCCACGAGUGAAGAAAUAAUUUAUACAAAAUGGUUCAUCUGGAUUCAAACGUCUCAGAUCCCUUCGAAAUAGUUGUAGGAACGUAUGAGCAUUAUCUGGUUGGUUAUAAAGUGAACAAUGAUGUCAAUACGUAUAAAAUAGAAAGAACUUUUGCAACGCACAGCCAUUUAGCCAGUGUGCGUAGCCUCGAUACUAAGAAACAUUAUUUAGCUUCUGGAGGUGCAGAUGAUUCAAUUUGUUUAUACGAUAUGAACCAAAGAAUAGAGUGUGGUAAACUUGUACACCAUAAUGACACAGUAAAUUGUGUCACAUUCACUCCAGAAGCGUCUCACAUAAUUACAUGUAGCAAUGAUGGUAGCAUAGCUGUGAUUCGAUGUGGUAACUGGCAAAUUGAAAAACACUGGAAAACGGCACAUAAAGGGUUAGCUGUGAACGCUAUAGCUGUUCACCCUACAGGAAAGUUUGCUUUAUCUACUGGGGCAGAUGGCAUUCUCAGAACUUGGAAUCUAGUGAAAGGGAGACGAGCAUAUGCAAUUAACUUAACGCCAAGAAUGAAACUAGACGCACGCAAUGUGACAGUUUUAAAAUUUUGUCCGAAUGGUGAAAAGUAUUUGUUAGCUGUUAAUCAACGAAUUGAUAUAUAUUCCGUGGAAUCGGCAGGAAUUGAUAAUGAGAUCAUGUUGGAUGCAAAGAUUGUUUGCGUAGAAUUCCUGAAGGAUGAUUUAAUAGCUGUAGGAUUAGAAAAUGGUCAAAUCAAAUUUUACGAUCUUAAAAAGUCGAAACAGACUGUAGAAGUGGUAGCUCACGAUAUUAGAGUAAAGUGUAUAAGUUUUGUUGGUGAUUUAUUGGUCACUGCUUCUAGUUCCGGCGAGAUUAAACUUUGGAGAUACAGUAAAAAUAGCUUAGACAUGUUGCAGAGUGUGAACUGUGGUGCCAGAAUUACGUGUUUAACUUUGGCGCUCAAUUGCAAUAACUUUGAUCAUGAUAAAGAAGUCAAAUUGGAAGAAGAGAAAGAAGAAGUUCAGAGAAAGACGUUCAGACUGCGUCAAGAAGUCGUUAUUGAGCAGGAAGGUGAUUGGGAGAUAACAUCAAUUAAUGAAACAGAAUCGAUUAACAAGAAGAAGAAGAAGAAGAGAAAAGUGGAUGUCCAGGAUAUUGAUAAAAAAAGAAAGAAAUUGUUAAAGCAGAAGAGGAAAAAUGAAAACGCGGAUGAGGCAGAUAACCAGAAAGACGCUGAUGUGCCAAAGAAGAAAAAGAGAAUAACGAACAAACACGUUGAGGAAGAGAAAAGGAAAAAGAAAAAAAAGAGGCAACAAGGUAUUAAAAGUAUCGAAAAAAUGAGUAGCAGUCCGUCCGCGAAAAGAGUAAAGAAAACAAGAACGAAUCGUACGGAUUUCCGAUAAUUGUUCUGUGAUCAAUAAUUUAAGCGAACACCAUUGUUUUGUAUUGUUCACCACAAAACGCACUUGUCGACUGGGUUCAUCGGACUUCCGAUCGGACAGUUCCACGCAUUUGCGAAAUCCGCGUUGUUCGACAGAGUACCGAUAACUCUGAAAUGAUUCGGCGCGUGUACUCCUCCUAUCAGUUUCAAUUUUAAUGCGCCGUUAGUGUAAUUGCCGCACCAUACCUGUAAGUUAGAGAUACACGUGUGUAUAUGUGUAUAUAUGUGUAUAUACAUUGGUUUCGUCCAGUUUGAUUUAUGUUAAUAUAAGAUAUUCCGAACAUAUUUUUCAGAAGAUGUUAAAAAAUAAAAUAUGAAGAGAAAAAAAUUAAA